CGAAAUUCAAGACGCAAGUUAUUGCCCGGGGUAUUUCUAUAUAAGAAGCCAAGAAAGAGAGGGAACAGGGUUGGCUCUAACAGUAAUAUUUGUGUCCCAGGCAUAGACGCACACAGUACGGAAAAUGGAAUCGUCAAUGCUGUUUUUGUUUGCUCUCGUUCUGGCGUCGAUGCAACCAUGCCAAACCGUGGAUGUUAACGUCGUUACGUGCGCUGCUGGCGGUAAGGAGUGUAAUGCCAUAACCUACGCUGCCUGUGAUACGGCCACUACGAAAUGCAAAUGUGCAACCAUCUCGGAAAUGUCCACAUCCACAUGCGUACUCAAAACUUGCACCGCUGCUGGGUCCGAGUGUGCGGCCGACACCAAUGCAGAAUGCGCUUCACUCAAGUGUGCAUGCAAAUCUACCUUCGUUUUGACCCAACUUGACAACAAGCACGUCUGCAUGGCAACUAUUGGCAGCACUGUGUGCACGGCUACAGGCAACCAAUGUUUAACUGUCACUAACAGCAUAUGCCAUACAGCGGACCUGAAAUGCAGUUGCCCUUCAAUUUACACUAAAGGAACGAAUGCUUGCACAGAAUUAGCAUGCACCGCCGGCUCAACUACCUGCACCGCUCUCGAUGUCAACUCGGAAUGCAGUUCAUUAAAAUGCGCGUGCAAAGCCACACAUCUCAUGGGAACUCACGGAAUAUGUGCACUUAAAUGCACAACUGCAACUACUGCACUGUGUACAGCUGUGGAUGCAAAUUCGGAAUGCUCUGGAGCUGGGACCACAGACAGAUGCGUGUGCAAGACGGGGUUUAGGAUGGGAAGUAACGGCUUAUGUUCUUCGGGAGCCGCUGUUGCAGCAUGCUUGUCAAUGAUGCUGUCCUGUGUGCUCAUGGCGAUGAUUUAAGCGAGUCGCUACAAUACAAGAACAUUCGGGAGAUCAUGUCUACUGCGUAAUACAACUUAUAUGCAUGAAAUCGAUUAUUUAAAACAGACAUUAACAAUAUACAUUGAAAAUAGUUUUCUUAAAUUAUAUGUUAAUUUAACUUUUUCUGAAUCAAAAUUAAGAAGUGAAUUGUGUGCUGUAGUUUGUGUGUAGUUUCUGUGAUAUUUCUGUAGUCCAAUAUCCAUUCUUGAAAUGAUGUUGUUGAUUACCCAAUGUAUAUAUUUGAAUGUGUUUUUAAAGCCCAUAUUUUCUAAUAAUUUUCUGGCAUUUCAGUUGUCAAUUUUUUUUUGUUACGAAGAUAGCUUUUUUGACUCGUUAACAUAUUAAGUAUUGUUAGAGUUCGUGUGUGAUAAUUUAAUAAGCUAUAUAUUGCAAAUGAUAUAUAACAUCUUUCAAUAUUUCGGUUAUGUAAUAUUGCAAUGAAAUUGCAAAUAUGGUUUGUAUGAUCACACGAACUACAAUUUGUUUAAGCAUCGUUUUUAUCAAAGAUGUCCAAUCAUUAAUUGCAAAAUGCAAAUUUUCGGGCUUUUUAGUUUUAUGGUUUUGUUUUUGCUUGAUAAAUAUAUCUUUAAAUUUA